AUGAAUCACGCUUCUGAUUUACGACAAGGCUCGAAGAGAACUCCAUUAAAAGAGUCUUCCAAAUCCGCGCUCAACUCAAAUGCAGCACCUAAAAAGUCGCUUUUAGAUCAGAAAUUAGACCUUGCAAACCCUGCUUUAAAUGAAUCCAUAAAAAGCCUUGCUGCGCCGCCGGUACCGGCCAAAAAGCAGUCUAAUCGAAUGACGGGCGCUGAACUAAAAGACUGGCAACAAAGUUGGCGAAAGAUUUUGAAAGCCAGUGUCGUCUACUUCGAGAACGACGAAGGCAGAAACGAGAAAGAGAAAGAGCGAGCUAAGUUGGCACUACAGUCUUUGGGUGCCACCAUCGAGAGAUUCUUCAGCGAGAACGUCACAAUCAUAGUCUCAAGACGGCCAUACCACAAACAUGCAGAUUACCCGAUGGGAGACAUAUUUCGCAUUGCAAAGAGAAACGAAUUAAAGGUCUGGACCUACGAGAAAGUGUUCCGUUUCAUGAACCAUCUUGGGGAACCCAUUCCGGAAGACGAGUCUUCUCUCAAAAAAAAACUAUCAUCUCUUCUGAAGAACGAGAAGCUCUUUGGCCCUAAUGACCGCGAUCCCAAUGCCAAAAGAGAUGACAUCAAGUACUUCACAGGUUAUUACUUCUACGUCUAUGAUUUACGACAACAAACAAGGCCGAUCGUCACAAAAGAGUGGCCUACAAAUGCUGCCGACUUUCCAAAACUCACGAAAUCAACUAACGGUAGGUCUUUAUUCAUUGAAGAUACUCAUACAGGCAACUCUGAAAAACGGCACAAGCGGCGCAUGCAAUAUUUGGAAGAAACAAAGGAUUACCGUCAGAAGAUUAUCGAAGCAUCCUGCCUUCCAAACGAACCUGCAUUAAGUUACGAAGAGCGAGUGCAAUACAAACGGAUGUGGGAAGAAUCAUACUAUGGCGCACCAAUAAUAGAGCCGGAGCAGAAAAAGAGAAAGGUUCUCCAAGAACUUAACGAAAACCCUGAGGUCCUAGAAGUGCAAAAGAAGCCUAUGGCUCCUCCAGCAAACCUCUAUCGCGACGAUUCGACAGUUGAGGUUUCGCAAAACAAGGUUGGAAACGAUUACGGCGAGAUUGAGGCUUCGGGUGUUGUCCAAACUCAGUCAGGAUCAAACGCGAUAUCUGGCCAGGGCUGUGUUAACGGGGUGGGCAAUGGAUUGGGCCCUUCGCAUUCCUUAGUCUUCAACAAGAAGAUUGCGGACGAGAAGAAGAAAAUGAUGACAUUUGCCCCAUUACCCGCUACUCAAAGGAAGGAGUCCCCACUGAAGGUAUUCAAAGUCAGAAAGGAAGACAGGGUCAUUCGCGUCGUCAAUGUCAAGAAAGGUUCAAAGUUUAUAAGUUCAGAGGACGCUAGACGUUUAUCAUCGCAAGUCAAAGAGAUCAAUGGUCCAAUGCAGACUCCUGAUGUGAACCAGCCCAAGGAAGAAUCCAAGACUCCAGAUCAAUCGGUGAAUGUUUCUCUUGCCCCAGCUUUAAAACCCGAAGAGGAGUGCAAACCUAGAUCACAGCAUAGCGAAGCCACCGAGACCCCAGUGGAUAAAGUGAAAUUCAAGGAUGAGAAAAAUAAUCUGAUGUCUCCCAUUAGUAAUCAGUUGUUCCGACAGUCGCUGCAACCAAAACAGAAGAAAGUCAAAGAUAUCACCAACCUUCCGCCAGUGCGCAAAUCUAAAACGGAAGCAAAGCCGGGUUACUGUGAGAAUUGUCGAGUCAAGUACGACGACUUUGACGAGCACAUUCUCAUGGAUAAACAUAGGCAUUUUGCUAAAAACGAUGAUAACUUCAAGGAUAUCGAUAGAUUGAUUGAAGACGUCAAAAUUACACGGUUGAUGGGAUUAUAA